AUGUCGACGUUUUCCAAAUCAGCGUACCUGGCGACGAAAUACAGCCAGUUUCGCCCGCACUACCCGCCUCAGUUCUACCAGUUGUUAUCGCAGUACAUCGGCCAUAAAGUGAAUAAAGCCGUCGAUAUUGGUUGCGGCACGGGUGUAUCGCUGUACCCUCUUCUUGAAUUGAGUGACCGGGUGAUCGGUACUGAUUUGCUGGCGGUAAUGGUGGAGAGAGCCAAUACGAUAAAACAUGAAAAACUCUCCCCCAGUGAUGCUGCCAGAAUCUCGUUUCAAGUGGCUAAUGUCAGUGACUGGAACGAUAAUAAUGUUGAUUUGAUUACGGUGGCUCAGGCGAUCCACUGGUUUGAUACGGCUAAGUUCUUCCACCAAGCGUACCAAGCGUUGUCUCCGGGAGGAGUAUUGGCUUAUUAUUACUAUGUCGAUCCCGUGAUUAAAGGUGUGGCUAAUGCUGAUAAAGCUAACGCUUUAUACCACCGCUACGUGUAUGGUGAAGACACUAUUGGUCCCCAUUGGGAACAACCGGGACGGUCAAUUUUGGCUAAUAUGUGUCGUGAUGUUAACCAAGGUAUUUCCCCUAAAGAGUUUACUAACGUUGAACAACACAUCUAUGAAGCUGAGGAAAGGGAACCUACGGAUAAGGAUAUGGUGAUGACUCGCGAGGGAGUGGUGGUGGAUGACUUGUUCAACUAUAUCCGGACGUAUCUGGGGUACCACAACUUUGAAGCGGAAACUGGUAAAGGGGAGGAUGUGUUGAAACAAUUUGCCGAUGAUUUAAACCAAUUGGGGAUCACGGAUACGACCAAGUUUGACUUGGUGUGGAAUACUGGUUACACUUUCAUGACGAGAACCCAGUGA